AUGGGAGAGGACUGGGUUGGGUGUAGGAGCGGGGGUGGGGGUUGUAUCGGAAGUAGGGAGAGUCGUGGUGGGCCAGUGGAGGCGCCGGGGAUGACUGAUGACGUGUUUGUGACGGGCGUGGACACAGCUGUGCUCUCAGCUCAUGAUGACACAAAGGGCAGCUUGUGUCCGGCUGUGUCUCCGUGUGGCUCUGGGCCGGGCCCGCUCCUCGACACACAGCCAGGGCGUGCUGGUGAAACGUUCACAGGCCAGUCUCCGUCUCAUGUGAUUCUUACAACUCAAUUUGAUCUUUUCGACCUUUCAACUCCAUCCGACAAUUUCGAUCUUACAUCCCCAUCCGACAGUUUCGAUCAGAGAGACGGUUGCCGUUUUCCAGCAGUGGUUCCAUUGGGAGGUGUUGUCCCGUUGGUAGAGCCGGAGGGCUUUGACAUCGCCGAGGAUGACAGCGAUGAUGACAGCGAUGAAGACAACAAUGAUGAGAACGAAAUGAUGAACACAGAUUGGAGCCAAGUGACUGCGGAUGAAAAUCUGGCCACGCCCGCCGUGGUUGAAUCAGCUGAAGACGACAUGGCGGCCUUUGACGGCGAGGGUUUGCUUCAAGGUCUGCGAGUUGAAUCAGAGUCACAGGCAUCGGAUGAGACCACCGGUGUUUCGGUGUGUACCCGGUCUGACAGGGAAGCACGACUUGCUGUCGUUAUGCCGGGUUCACCAAAUGUCGACGCCGCUUUUGUCUCAGCUGAGAAUACAUGUCCGCACGCGUCUGUUGUUGACAGGUCUGAAAUAUCCAACAACAAACCAGAUGACCACCACCGCCUGUCUCCCUCCCCCGUUGAGUCUGCAGAUCUACAGAAACCUGCCCAGCCUAUGGACUGUUCGACUCCAGAACACCUCGUGCUGUUGACGUCACCGAGUGACCAGUGUGACGUCACGUCAGAAUAUGUGGCGCCUGUGACGUCAACAAAUGUUGAGACAGUGCCAGAUCCUUCUCCUCAAAGUCCUCACCAUUUCCCCACGUCGGGUGCUAGAAGACCUGACACCUGGUCGGCUGACCUUCCCGCCACCCCGUGGCACACGGAGAUACAGGCCAAGGACGCUCCAGCAAGUGUGUCCAGCGACUCGAGAAAUUUGGAAGAUACUCUCAUCAGAGUGGAUUUUCUGUCAACGGCUGAGGACUCGAUGUUUGAAGCUGUUCCCGACCCAGCAGCGCAGAGUCAGGUGGUGGGAGGUCAUGACCUGGACACGUUGGAGAGUUCAUGGAGGGGAGGGAACUCAGCGUCAUCAACAGAAGACACACUGUUGGCCGGGGUUAUGGCCCCUCCCUCUACACAGGCUAUAUCGGAGUCGGACAUAUCCCCGUCAAUGAAAUAUACGAAUGUCAGUGUCAGUGUACGUGAGUCCUCGUCUGCUGUCUGUGGGCCACGUGACUCGUCUAUUGUCUGUAGGCCACGUGACGUGGAGGACACGCCCCUAGAGCGUCAGUUUCUCGCGGGUCUCCACCCCGACAACGCCAGCUCAGCGGUCAGACAGCUCGACUCGCUCUCCUUCCCGACUCACCUGUCUGGCGAUGACGUCAUAAUGUCGCCGGGUGUGGAGGAUCCGUUUGACGACAGUUUCCGG